UAUGUAUGUUUUCAAACCAUAACUAGAAAUCUGUUCUGCGUUUCCUUCAAAUUUCACAACCCCCUUCAUCAUCUUUUUAUACCUUCCUAAUUUUGGUCGGGUGCCUGCAAAUCAAGCCUGGCUCGUCAGUUGAGCCACAAUUUCCAGAGCCUCACCUCGCCCCACAAGAAAGUCGGUCAUCCUCCAACGCGCAAACCUCAGAUCAAAAAAUCUAGACGCAAACACCAAACAACCGCCAGAAUGACGCCCAGAUCGCCAGCUCCCCCACGAGGACGAAGUCGCACACGAUCUCCCUAUUCUGAAGCUUCACGCCCCGGAUCUAGAUCUCCUUCCAGGCCUCGUCGCACCGUCUCACCUCGAUCUACCAGUCGCAACCGUAGAAGAAAUGGCAGAUACAGAAGUGAGAGUCGCAGUGCCAGUCGCGGUAGAAGCCCAAGCCCUAUCAGAAGCACAAAGGUAGGCUCCAAUCAUUCGCGCGUUUGCGACUACUCUAACUUCCCAAGGUUGUGAUUGAGAAACUUACGAAGAAUAUCACCGAGGACCAUCUACGAGAGAUCUUUGGAACCUAUGGCCAUAUUCGCGAUUUGGAUAUGCCGAUGAACAGGCAAUGUAAGUCUCAUUGUAAAGCUCAAUAAUGUGUACAUGCUAAUUCUGCCAGUCCAUACCAAUCGCGGCACGGCCUACAUUCUAUACACCUCCGAAGCGGACGCAGAAGCAGCAAUUGCCCAUAUGCACGAAUCACAAAUCGAUGGAGCUAUGAUAAACGUCUCAAUCGUCUUACCGCGUCGAAAGUUCUCCCCAUCCCCACCCCUAGCAAGACGCGCCCAAAACAUCGAUCCUCGGGCAACAGCACCAAACAACUUCCGCGGCCCUCCCCCUUCUCGUGGUCGAUCCCCAAGAGGUGGUGGAUAUGGUAGAUCUGAGAGAAAUACGGACACAUGGAGGCCAAGAUCGCUAUCCAGAUCCCGAUCACCAAGACGUCACAGAACACGCUCAAGAUCGUUUUCCUCGCGAUCACGAUCGCCACCCAGAAGACGUGGAGGUAGACGAGAUAGCCCAGGAAGAAAUGCAGGUAGACGAAGAAGAAGUCCAAGUUACAGUAGCUACAGCAGUUAUGAUGACAGAAGCCGAAGCAGAAGCCGAGCUCGUGGAAACCGUGGUCGGCGAUGAAUGUGUACAAUAAUUUGAUAUCAUAGCGCUGGAGUUCGGGAACGUGGAAACAUUACACUAUUUGGGAGACUGGAUGCCAUCGUAUCAGAUUACGAGAGCGAUGUAUUAUGGAAGAUUUGAAUGUAAUGGACUUGCCUCGAUAAUAAUUGAC